AGCCAUUUUGGCUCAAGGGUGGGCUCGCCUCGGGGGCAAGCCAUGUGGGCAGGGUCGGGGAGCUGAAGUUUCCUCGAUCUUGCCCGCGCUCCAUACCUGGCAAGCAUGACGCUCGGCGCUGCAGAUGGCCUGCCUGGCGGCAGCGCACCUGCUUCGCUGACGCUGCGGUUCAGUGACCCUGGUCUGGAGGCCGGCUUCGCCAAGCACCGCGUGCCUCUGCUCCUAUCCAGCAUGCGCAAGUGUUCUCUGUGUCUCGCGCUGCUGAUCUUGGUCAUCCUGAUCGUAGAGCAGCCAUGGGAUAGGCGUCCCGAGCGCUAUGGCAGUCUCCUCGAAAGAGACGUGAAAGAGCGCUGCCAUCUUGCUGUUACUUGCUCUUUGUUCCUGGCGUUCUUCGCGUUCUGCACGUGGUCCUGUCCUUGCAUGAACAGGUUGAGCGCUCGCGCGCUGGAGAUCGUCGGUGUGUCCAUGAUUACUAUUGGGCUAGCAGCACACACUUUCGCCAUUCCAUGGUAUAUGGCCCGUGUCCUGGGCUAUGACGCAGAAGAGGUCAUCGAAGGGGCCAACGAUGCAAACUUAUUACUUGCCAUUGAUUGCGUUGUCACAGCAGCCCACUUGCUGUUGCCUAUCAGAUUCUUUGCAAUCGUUGCUAUUGAUUUGGCCGGCGUUCUGGCAUAUAUCGUUCCUGUGUUUGCACUCGAAGGGCCUGAGAUGCACAACGCUCCGAUUCACACGUGCUUUCUGGUUUGUCUCAUUUGCCUGGCAUCUCUAGGGAAACACGCCAUUGAAUACCACGAGCGCUGCUCAUAUGUGCUAGUCAUCACUGAGAAGCGUCUCCGGUUCGAGUCGGAAUUCGCAUUGUCAGCGAUGUCGGCGGGGCAGAAGGAGGAAUCAACGCCUGGACGUCCCCCUUCCAUCAGCGGAGCGUCGUUUCCGUCGACUUCAGCGACUGAGAGUGCCUUCAAGAUUGGCAACGAUACAACGGCCAGCUUGCAGCAGCUUGCGGAAAUUGGUGAGAAGGAGCAGUGGCUGGUACCAAUGGAAGACGUGGCUAUACCUUCAGGUCCACUGCUUGGCGAGGGGGGAUUUGGACGAGUUUACACGGGUCUGUACCUGGGAGUCGCAGUCGCGUUGAAAUUUCCGAAAGAAUCUCUGAGGAGAUCCCACGUCGUCUCGAUUUGCAACGAGCUGCGCAUUCUGCGAAGGUUGAGACAUCCAAAUAUCGUGAGUUUCCAUGGGGCCUGCGUGGACAUUUCAAAAAGCACCCUAGGGCUCAUUCUCGAUUGUGUGAAGGGGUCCACACUGGGGCAAUUCAUCCGGAGCAGGCUGGGAGACUCUCGUAGCGGCGAUGUCAGCUUACAGGGCCGUCCGAACGAUGCAGUCCGAGUGACGUUGCUUGUGGAUGUUUCGUCCGCGCUGUCUUAUUUACAUUCGAGGACUCCCCGCGUAGUUCACGGUGACCUAAAAACGCAAAACAUAUUUGUGGUGAAAGAGGGUUCAUCCGCGCCUGUCCGAGCUAAGCUGCUCGACUUCGGUCUUGCAAGAGCUUUGACAAAACAUGCGAACCCGUUGGGCGGAACUCUGCGCUGGGCGGCACCAGAGGUCAUUCGUGGUCGGGCUGCGCCGAGCACCGCGGCAGAUGUGUUCUCAUUCGGUCGUCUGAUCUUCUUCGUCGCCACAAGCUUGUACCCAUUCGGUCGAACCGAGGACAUGGAGCUAAUAAAGAAGGGAGCGCAGCCUCAGUCCGAGUUGGCAAUGUUGGUCGGCAACGGGCUGGCGGGCAAAUGCAGGUGCCUUGUAGAGCAGUGUUGCCAACUCCAGGUGGCUCCCCGACCGCCCAUGCGGCAGGUGCACUCAGAAGUUAUGAGCUGGAGAGAAGUGUGGCCUGAUUUAAGGCAUCACUUACGAAAGGUAGACCCACAUGCUAUUCAAGAGCCCGGAGUGCCCAUGCUGGCAACUUCCUCGCACAGGGGCAGGGGAAGUGCAAGCAGAAGCCUUGCUGCUUCCUCUUUUGCGCCCACACCGAACGAAACGGUUAUGGCUAUGAUCACUGAGCUGUUGGUCUCAUGCAAUGUGACCAUCGAUGCAGAAGCAUGCUGCUUCUACCAUGGUGCGCUCGUGAGCCUUCGCCACCACUGCAACGAGCUCCGCGAGCGCCCAUGCUGGAAUCGCACUCCAGCGGACAUUCAGAACACACAGUGCCAGCAGUGUGGGGUGCUUGCGCUAGUGGAGACACCUCCUUCAGGCGACAGCAGCUCCAGGUGCUUCUUCUGUGAUGGCCCUUAUUACCAAGGCGCCAGAAAUCAAGCAGCCUCGGAGGUCUCUAUAUAGGCUCACAAUGUUUAACAGCCGCCGUCGUUGAUCAUACCAUCUUCGAGCGGCGAGACACGACCAGCUCUGAGAGCGUUCAUGAUUUCAUCGACCUCCUGAAUCUACAUCGUGCUGAGCGUUUCGUUCGCCAGGCCAGUCCUGUCUUGCUUUCUCAGUCGAUCUUGGAUCUCUUCCCUGCUGCUGCUGCUGCUGCUGCUGCUGCUGCUUCUCCCGCCACUGUAGCUGCCGCCUUCGCCCGAGUCGGCGGCCCUGAUCAGCAAGGCACGAGCAUGCAAGCCGCAUUUGUCUGGCUGCUGCUCCGAGAGGGCCGUGCCCAGGCGAGGCUGCAGCACCGCUCAACGAUGUGCUUUUGAUCGAGCCUGCAGGGUGCGCCCUUCCUUUCUCUGUGCACGUCAGUUUUGGCUUAGGCUUCAGCCGUGGAUGCACUGCGCUGCGCCUUCGGGCCUGCUCGCAGGCAUGCUCACCUAUUCGGGCCAGCUCUGAGAGCGCCUUCGGGCUUCUUCACAGGCGCGCUCAUCUGGGUGCCUGCCCACCUCGGCAGAGGGCUGGUAGUGAGAUAGUGCUCACAUGUUCACUCGCUCAGACCACGCCAUGCCCCUGCCUGACGUUUCAAGCCACGCUUCACGCUUUUGAUGCUUGAGGCCACGCUGUACUGCCUGUUUUUCUAGGCCACGCUUCGAUCAUUUGCCCUUGGCAGCCCCGCUUCGGACGGCAUGUCCCGAGCGGCCAGCGCCCUGCCGCCGCCUCUCUCUUCGUCCCUCGCCCCCCUUUUGCCUCGCUUCGUUGUCGGGCACCCGCCGACUUCAAGCAUUCGGUUAUUUGCCAUCCUCCUCGUUUUGUUUUCUUCCAAACGGCAAGACCUUUUGCUCAUGUGGCCGCACCGCAUCAAACGGGCCGUUUUCGAGCCUGUCCAGCCGGGCGAGCUGGCCCAGCCGGACUGAGCCUCUCCUCCAAGUUUGCUAAGAGGUUCGAGCUUGCAACACGGUCUGACAUUGCCCUGCAGAGUCCGACUCGUCCGUGACAUGAUCUCCGUUGAGUGCACGUUUUCGGAGAGA